AGUAUAGGAUUACGAUAUCUGUACUUAAUGGUUCAACAAAAAAAUUUAAGUUUAAUAAUUUGAUUUAAUUUUCGUCGAUUUGACUACAAUUUUAUUCAUUAUAAAACAAGAAAAUUUUCAUAAUGCAAAACGACGCAGGAGAAUUUGUAGAUUUGUACUGCCCAAGAAAAUGCUCUGCUAGCAAUCGUAUUAUUCCUGCUAAAGAUCAUGCUUCCAUUCAGAUCAAUUUGGCAGAAAUUGAUUCAUCAACUGGUCGUAUAACUGGAAACCAUAAAAUUUUUACUAUUAGUGGAGCUAUUCGUCGUAUGGGUGAAUCAGAUGACUGCAUUACGAGGUUAGCCAAAGAACAUGGAAUUGUUGCUAAGAAUUUCUAAGUUAUCUACUAUUAUGUCAUAAUCAUUAUAAUACUGUGAAUAAAAAAUGUUUAUGAAUA